AAUUUUACAAUAAAAUUGAAAGUACUUUAUUUUGGCAAAAUUGGUCACUCAUAAACCCUAGUAAAGCGGCAACUUUGUUCUAUAUAAACACUCUAAAACCCUUUCUUGUACCGCCCUCUCUCUUCUUUGCUCUCUCUCUCCUCCUUCAACCCCUCAAUUUUUUUUUUUUGAGCUUUCAAUCAUCAAUGGAGUUUUGGGGUGUUGAAGUGAAAGCAGGAGAAUCUCUAAAGGUCAAGCCUGAGCUUUUCAAGCUCAUUCAUAUUUCCCAGGCUGCAAUAGGUGAAGUGAAGGAUGUCAAAGAAGCCAAACAUGUUCCAUUACGUCUUACUGUUGGAGAAAACAGUUAUGUCAUUGGAACACUAUCCGCCGAGGAUAGACCUCAGUUGAUGUUUGAUUUGGUCUUCGAAAAGGAGUUUGAGCUUUCACAUGGCUGGAAAAAUGGGAGUGUGUACUUCAUUGGAUACACAGCCGAUGACCCAAGCACGGAUGAAAUUGACUCUGGAGAUGAUGCCUUUUCGGAUGAAGAGAAUGUUCUAGAUGCACUGAGUGGGAAAGUUGAGGCUGACGUGAAGGAUGUUAAGACCGAUGCAAAGAAGUCUGAACUUGUUAAGGAUGAGAAAAAUGCUAAGGUAGCUGAACCAAAGAAAGAGGCCGAGUCUGAUGACUCUGAUGAUGAUGAUGAUUUCGAAGAUGACUCUGAUGAUGAAGACGACUCUGAUGAUGAUGGGCCUUUAGGCAUGGAUUCUGAUGGUCCAGAAGGUAUGGAUUUGUCUGAUGAUUCCGAGGAAGAUGACGAUUCUGAAGACGAGACACCUAAAAGGGUUGAGGAGAAGAAGAGACCAGCUCCAUCUCCGAAAGUAGCUCCUGGUUCGGGCAAAAAAGCAAAACAAGCAACACCCGACUACAAGUCAGCUGGUAAGAAGAAAGGUCCAGUAACGCCUUUUGGUAAGCAAAAUGGAAAACCUGCAGCAGCCAAUGGUAACAACAAGUUCCAAUCCCCGAAAUCUGGCAACAAAUCCAACAACAAGAACUUUAGCGGCCAAAAGAAUUCGAAGGGUAAGCAAGGAAGGAAGUAGAAUGCCCGAAAGAGACAUAUCAUACAGUGAAGUGAAGCUAUUUUGAGGAGCAAAGAGUUAUUAUUUUUAAUUUUUAGUUUGAAGGGGGGACAUAGAUGGUCUCUUUAUGCUUUUUAAGUUAUUUUUUAGUUGUAGGGUUAAAUUUUGGAUGAAUGUUUUUGUUACCAGAAAGUUUUGUCUCUAUAUAUAUUCAUUGCAAUUUUGAACGCC